UUGAGUAAUUAAUACGCAUGAAAUAAUUGUAAGCAGCUCGGGAGCGGCCCCUCCGCGGAGGAUGGGGCGGAGGGCGGCCGGCAGCCCGCGGUGCCCGGCGCGGCUGCGGGCAUGACCCGGGGCCGGAGCGGGGCCGGGCCGGCCGGGGGAGCGCUCGGGCCGGGGGGGCCGGGCCGGGGCGCGGGGCCGCCUCCCUCCCUCCGCCCUGCCCAGCCCUCCGCGCAUCCUCCGGCACCGCCGAGCCGCGCCGAGCCGCGCCGGGCCGGGCCGGGGGUCCGAGCCGAGCCCAGUCGGUGGGGCCGAGCCGUGCCGAGCGGGAGGAUGAGGGGCGUCCUCUGCUUCUGCACCCUGAUCCUCCUGGAAGGUAUGGCAGCAGCUGUGGGCUCGAGCAGGGACUGCCUGCAGGCGGGCGAGGCCUGCACCACCGACCCCGUGUGCAGCGCCAAGUUCCGCACGCUGCGCCAGUGCAUCGCGGGCAACGGCGCCAACAAGCUGGGCCCCGAUGCCAAGAGCCAGUGCCGCAGCACCGUGACCGCCCUGCUCUCCAGCCAGCUCUACGGCUGCAAGUGCAAGCGCGGCAUGAAAAAGGAGAAGCACUGCUUGAGUGUCUACUGGAGCAUCCACCACACGCUGAUGGAAGGCAUGAAUGUCCUGGAGAGCUCCCCUUAUGAGCCGUUCAUCAGGGGCCUUGACUACGUCCGGCUGGCAUCCAUCACUGCAGGGUCUGAGAACGAGGUGACACAGGUGAACCGGUGUCUGGACGCCGCCAAAGCCUGCAACGUGGAUGAGAUGUGCCAGCGGCUGCGGACGGAGUACGUCUCCCUCUGCAUCCGCCGCCUGGCCCGGGCCGACACUUGCAACCGCUCCAAGUGCCACAGGGCCUUGCGCAAGUUCUUCGACCGCGUGCCCCCGGAGUACACCCACGAGCUGCUCUUCUGCCCCUGCGAGGACACGGCCUGCGCCGAGCGCCGGCGCCAGACCAUCGUCCCCGCCUGCUCCUACGAGUCCAAGGACAAGCCCAACUGCCUGGCGCCUCUGGAUUCCUGCCGGGAAAACUACGUCUGCAGGUCACGCUACGCAGAGUUCCAGUUCAACUGCCAGCCGUCCCCGCAGGCCGCCAGCGGCUGCCGCAGGGACAGCUACGCCGCCUGCCUGCUGGCCUACACCGGCAUCAUCGGCAGCCCCAUCACCCCCAACUACAUCGACAACUCAACCUCCAGCAUCGCCCCCUGGUGCACCUGCAACGCCAGCGGGAACCGGCAGGACGAGUGCGAGAGCUUCCUGCACCUCUUCACCAACAACGUCUGUCUCCAAAACGCCAUUCAGGCCUUUGGCAAUGGGACUCACCUGAACACAGCCGUGGCCCCGUCCGUCCCCCCCACCACACAGAUGUACAAGCAGGAGAGAAAUGCCAACAGAGCUGUGGCGACCCUCAGAGAGAACAGCUUGGAGCACCUCCAGCCCACCAAGGCGGCUGGAGAGGAGAGGCUCCUGCGUGGCUCCACUCGUUUGUCCUCAGGGACCUCCAGCCCAGCAGCCCCUCCCUGCUGGGCGGCCUCUCUGCUGCAGAUGUGCUUUCUCCUCGCCCCUGCUGUGCUGAGCCUCCCUGUGAUGUGAGGCAGGGCUGGCACACACCAGGCAGAGACUCGAUUUGUGUUGGUUUCUUUACUGAACAACCAGACCAGUAACUUUUUCAGGAGGAGAGCAGGGAGAAGGGAGGGGAAGGGAAGGCAAGGUGAGUGUUUGGGCAUCCCUUCCUCCUCCUCAUCUGUCUGCCAGUUUAUUUGAUUUUAUAUGAUCUGCAUUGUUGACAACCAGCUCAUUAUUGGUCCUGGCCACCUUUCCACACCACAGCUUGGCUGUUGUUUCUCCAGCUCUCUAUGGAUAGGGCUGAAGCCAUGGACAAUUCCCUUGGAAAAGAUGAAGGAGAGAGUUGAUCCACGAAAUGAGAGCUGUAAAGGAAAUGCUUCUUCCUGCCCCAGCCAAGAGGGGAAAGACUUUUGAUGGAUGGGUGACUGGAUGACCUGUCAGGAGGUUUCCUGAAGCCCACAUUGAGGGGCUCUUGACAGAACACGUGGAGUUCAGACUGUCUGCACGGUUGCUCAGGACCUGAAGGACAACACACCUGGUUCCUUCAGACUGAAGAAACCAGAAAACUGGUGGGAAGGUGGUUGGUUUUGUUCACUGGAGAGGAACUUGAAGCACCUCUGGGGAGGACCAAGUAACCACACUCUGAACUGGCUGGCAGGGAUUAUCCACCCUCUCAAAACCAUGGCCAGAGUGCAACCAGCAUCCACAUCCCAGCUGUCACCUCCCCUCAGGCCCUCCUUCUUAGGGAAACCUGUGUCCUGUAUUGAUGGUGUUCAGGAAGAAACACGUGUGUUGCAUUUUGUUUACGGCUGAAUUUUUUGUGUCCCAACCCAAACAUCUCUAUCCACUGGUCCUGUUCAGUGUUUUGGGGCAUUUUUGUCACAUUCAAACAACCAGAGGCCAAUAUUGUCCCACUCCAGGCUACCCUUUCUCCAUCAGGGGCCAGUGUGUGAGCCCAUGGGCAGGGUUUGACAUGAGCCCAACACAUCCCACUCUCACCUGCUACCUGUUCAUCCACUGGUCUCAUAGGCACAGGGUCUCCAGCCAAAGUAUUUUGUUCAUUUUCCUGGGAAGAGAUAGAAACCACCCUGAAGACAGAAAUACCCAGCCAAGAUAGGCCACAUCAUGAAUUAUACCGUGGGUAGGAACUGGAUUGCUACAAUUUCCCCUCCUUGAAAAACUGACAGAGGCAACCACCUGUGUCCAGGUGAACAGGUCAAGGGCUUUGCCUCUGGCCAGUUCCUGCUUUUUAAGUGAGGAUGUCAUUUAAGCAAGGGCUGCUGAAGUGACCCUUUCUUCCUAGCCACAGCCAGAGCCCAGAGGAGGAAAGUGAGGAUCAAUGUGUCUCCAGUGUCUUGGAGCACAGGGAGGCAGGUGUGUGACCCUGGACUACCUGAGCCUCCCAGGGUCUUUCCUCGAGGAGGAGAGCUGAGGAGUCCCAGUGCCCUCCUGGGGGGCUGAACCCCUUUACUAAAGCCAGGAAGGAAGAUGGUAAGGGUAAGAGUGAGAAGGUUUCCCAGGAUAAAUGCUUACCCAGGCUGAGUGCCAUGGGAGGAAGAGCAAUAGCCCCAGAAUCCCCCUGAGUGUAUUUAGGCCUGACCUUUGCAGGAGUCCAUUUAUUCCUUGGUUUGUGCUCCUCCAAUAAAUAUCAUUAAUUCCUUGGCAUUUGAAUGCAUGGAAGGGCUUAGGAAGCAUUAGACACAGCAAAGUCCAUUGCUUUUUAUUCCCAUUUCCUGCAAAACCUCUCCCAUUGUUUAUUGCUUCAGAUUUUCUGAGAAACUGCAGCAACUUCCUUGGCUUUUGUUCUAACAAGAAAGCACUCUGGUUUUCAGCUGAACACCUGUGGAUGUGUCUGACAUGAACAGAAAUCCUCCUGCUGCAUCCUGUCCAAAGUGCUGCUCCUUGAGGGCCUCAGGGCUGUAGCACCCGGGUUUCCUGAUCCAAGCUGUGCAAAGGAACACACCGAGUUCCAAGGCUUGUGUGCAGGGUGACAAGUCACACCCUGGGCUAAAAGCUGUAUGUGAGAACUUGGUGGCCAAGGGGCUCACUCCAAUCAGGCAAGCAGACCAGGAGGGAGAGCUGCAGGCAAGAAAGCCCUUUCAAAGUGACCUCACACGUGCACAGAGCUGCUGUGAACAUCUCCCCAGGACAGCAGUGUUCCUGAGAGACCAAGCGACGCAAAGCUACAGGUGGAGAGCAAUGAAACCCUGACUGCUCAGCCCUUCAAAGGCAAGGAACUACCUCAACACCACGAGGUCAUGCUGGGAAUUGCAUCCUUUCCUUCUUCCCUUUCCCUUUCCCUUUCCCUUUCCCUUUCCCUUUCCCUUUCCCUUUCCCUUUCCCUUUCCCUUUCCCUUUCCUUUCCUUUCCUGUAGUUAUGCUCUGCUUUUCACACAUCUGGCCCCAUCAAAGCAGUCUCCACCAGCUGUCAGUCGUGCACAGGCUGAGUGUCUGCACAGGGUGGGGAUACAAGUGUCAGCUGCUUUCCAGGAGCACCCACUCCUGUGUCUCUCACAUGUCAGUGUCGGUGAUGUUGAAGUGCCACUUUGCCAUUUCUUUCUCAUUCAGCAGAGAAGGAGUUUUUCUGUGUGGUCAGGAUGCCUGGUGGCCCCACCUCACCUCUCCCUUCAGACUGGUAUGCUGUAAAAAGAGGUGUGGAGAAUCCUUCUCAAGGACUGGAUGGGAUGGAGGAGACCUCCAGAGGUUACCUCAUCCCAGCACCAUGUCCCACAUCAGCACCUACUUUAAAGAUUUCAGUGAGACAUCAUCAUAUCCCCUAGAUUUAUAUCAUGGGAUCAUGAAAUGAGUCAGGUGGGACCUCACAGCUCAUCUUGUUCCAGCCCCCUGCCAUGAGCAGGGACGCUCCCCUUAGACCAGGCUUCCCAAGCCCAAUCCAGCCUGGCCUUGGACACCUCCAGGGCUGUCUUGCUUUAAAGGCUCUGCAGAUGUUAGUUGUCUCAUGCAUCAGAGCCCAACCAGAUCCUCAGUUCCCAUGUCCUGUCCUCCAAGGCCUGUCCCAGGCCAGGUCCUGCCCUCCUGGGGGUUCCUUGGGUUCACGAAUGCUUUAGGAUGAAAUGAAUGAGGCACAGGGCAAGGAGCCUCUCACCCAGCAGGAAAGAGCUGGGGAGUUGGAAUUAACAAAAAAAAAAAAUCCCAAAACUUUCAUGGCUUUGUUCUGAUUAUUUUACUCUUUUCACCAAUAUUUAAUGUUGAUUCUCCCUCCAAGCCUUUUCAUGAAUCAAAUUUUGCAAAAAAUGAUGACUUUCGAACCUUUCUUUUGGAGGAGGCAAACAUGAUUACUCUCCUCCCACCCACCAACAUGUGUGCACAGACCACUGCUUUUUCCUUGUGAGAAGUCAGUAAUUUUUUUUGAUGAAAUUCCAUCUCUGCUGAAUUCUGUGAAGUGAACCAUGGAUCUUCAUUUUUAAGUCUCUUGAUUAACCACAGAAGUCAUAGCAGCUGCUUGCAAAGGCAAAAGACUGAGUGAGCCAAGAGACAGAAAGGGAGACAAUUUUUUUUUUUAGGAAUCACUCCAUUCCUGACAACUUCCAUAAGCACAAAGAAGAAUCAUGGGAAAAAGAAAGGAAAAAAAACACAGUUAAAGAACCAGCCACAUUUUCUGUAGCCACUGAACUCUAUAUUUCUGGCUGCACAGCACUAUUCCCAGUGGCUGGCAGCCCUGAGAGCCUGUGAAAUAUUGUGUAUGUACUUAUACCUGUCAUGUCACGUCAUGUCCAGCAUUGUCCAGGUGGGAGCAGGAGUUGGGAGGGAGACCCGGGGCUGGGAGAUGGUGCUGGAGCAGGAACCCCAUGUGUGCCCCUGCUCAAGGGGAGGGUGGUGGGUGCCAGCCCAAACUGGGGUCAAACUUGUACUUACCUUUUCUGUACAUGUCAAUAUUCAAACAUAUCCAUGAAUAAAGCACACACGCAUUUUCCUGA